GUACAAUGACACACCCUUUGCCCGAAAUAAUUCGAAGAAGCAGGAGAGUGUGAGAAAGGUAGACGAAGGAGAAGACAAAAAUUCAACUUAAAAAGGGGGAUUCUUGAGUCACGCACAGAAACCGAAGCGAAACUCGAAGAAUGCAGCCAACGUGCAACAGGGAACGUUCAAGGAUCAUCUUUUUACCCGUGAGUGUCGGAGAAAAAAUAAUUUCUAAACAAUACUCGACAAAUUAGCACAUAUGAAGCACCGGUAGACGAUUGCCCGACAUGUGAAAGAGUCACGACACGAUGUACGGCAGAACAUAUCACACACACAUUCGGUAUUUUAUGAGCGACGGUAGUUUCGUUGAAUAUUUUUUCAUUCUUGAUUUAUAGUUUCGCGACUCACGCGAGUGUAAGCAGACACAAAAUAUUUUUUUUAAAAAAUAAUUAUUAAAUAUUUAAUUUAAAAUUAAAUAAAUUUCCUAUUUUUCCGCAUUUUUCUGAAAAUAAAAAAAAUAUUAAAAAAAUAAAUAAUUAAAAAAAAAGCCAAACAUUCCAAAAAAUAUUUAAAAUAAAAAAUUAGAAAAAAAAUGUUUUGGCGAAAUGAAUUAAAAAUAAAUAAAUUUUCCUUAAACUACGACAAGCCAAUUGAUUUCUUAAGACCGCAAUGGCAAACAUCGUCAGAACGGCAAUCGAUUGUCUUUCUCUUCUACCGAUGGAUUUUCGCGAGUUUAUAUGUGACGACAUUCACUUAUGCAAUAAUUUCGCAUGUACUUUACAAAGGUCCGUUCAUCUAUUUUCCCAUUUAUCUCACGAAUUGGGGGAAUUCACUGAAUGCGAUAUACGCCGUGUGCACUUGUGCCGUUGUGACAUGCUCGUUUCUCUCGAACAAGUAUUAUGAAAGGAUGAAACACGAAACGCAGAUGCCGCUCAUUUUCAAGGUUAUUUGGUUCCUGCAGAGCAUUUGUCCUGUGAUCGCUAUCAAUAUUACGCUGCUCUAUUGGGGAUUUGUGCAUAAUAAAGGAGAUAAUGAAUUUCCUGUUGACACAUUGAACAUCCUGAACCAUGCAACAAAUUCAGCUUUCAUGAUUAUCGAAAUCCUGAUUAUUGCCAGUCCUGUCAGAAUCUUGCAUUUUAUCUAUCCGUUAGCGACGUUAGUGUCAUUUGCCGUUUUUACAAUCAUCUUUUACUUCAUGGAUUGGGUGAAUGUACGAGGUCAACCUUACAUCUACAAACAUUUGGAUUGGAAUCGCCCCAUUUGGACAGGCUCGAUGACGACAGGUGUUUUUGUGUUUGGAUGUUUUCUGCAUGUGUGCAUGUUUGCGCUAUAUCGACUAAAAAUCUCUCUAAUUAAGGAUGUGAGUCACACAUCGAAGGAAACGAAUAAUCUGCUGGGUGAUAAGGAAACAAGUAGUAUUACGAGGAAUAGUAAUGUUUAGAUGAAAAAAAGUGAAAUAAAUGCUUAAGAUCUCACGGGAAUUUCCAGAAAAUGCGAUUUUCUUAAUGUUU